AUGAAAGGUAUCGCUGAGAUUCAAAAGUUACACGAUGACCUGGGUGCGUUGAGGAAGGCUGGCAAGUAUGAGGAGGCUCUGAAACACUGCACUGAAGAUUGCUAUUUCAUGACUCCGCUCAAGUCGUCGUAUAGUGCCAAAGAGGCCCUCGAAGUGGCUAAAAAUCCCGUCGUUCAGGAGUAUUCUAAGGCCGAUUCGAAGGUGACAGUUGACGACGUUAAGGUCACCGGCGAUUUUGCAGCCGAUCGAGGACAUUUCGUGAUCCAGAAAGACGGUGAAAAGAAGGGAAGUUACCUGGCAAUCUGGAAGAAGGAUGGCGAUUCCUGGAAAUUGGCUGCCAUAUGCUUCAACUUCACUAUGGAGCAGUGA